GGUGAAUGAGAUGGGUUUAGGUUAUUUUAAUUGUGUUUUCACAUGACAGUUCAUAUCUGAAGAAAUUACCUCCAUUUUCCUUUAAAGAAUCAAUGGGCCUGUUCUCCAUAAAUUUUUUGCAUUUUUCUGCCAUGGGAUUUUUUGGGUUAUGAAAGGCUGGGAAAACAAUGGUUGCUUGUAGCACAAGAAGAGACAGGUUUUUGGGGGCCUGCUCAUAAUUCUCUACUGGUUGCGUGAAGCUAAUGCCUGAGCUCUGAAAUGGGGUUACCAGACCAUGAAAACCUAUCAUUUAUUUGGGUGUCUAGAUGUAUAUAUACAGUGUGUAUGUGUUUUGUUCACAGUGCCUUGCCUGUUACUCUGAGUCUGGGUUGGUGAUGAAUUCUCGCAGCUCUAGGUGUGUAGUACGGGAUCGUUUAAAAGAAUCUGGAGCCCAAUGUCAUCCAAUGCCUGCUUGAUGAAGUCUUUUUAAGCAACCCAGAGGCAUUGCAUUCAGUUGAGAUACUGUUAUUUAAUUUCUUACAUUGGUGGGUGCUGGAGUUGGAGUUUUGUUUAGGUCCAUCUGGGUGCCAUACAUUUUGGCCAGAAUUUGAUCCGGGUCUUUGGUGUAGAUUGUUUUGCAGGAGGGGGAUUGUAUUGUAGUCCUUACAGGUCACCAUGAAUGACACACCGGGGAAAAUGCUGUCAAGUUUAACUGGUGGAGAUAAACAUCAACAACACCCAAAGUUGGGUGGCUGUGUAGGGGUUUUCUUUCAGAUGUUUGAUUGGAACAAGAGGUUCACAGGCAAGAAGUUGUUCUCUAACAGGCUUCUCCCAGCUGAACGGCCAAGGCAUGUGCCAAAGAAGUAUACUGACGAGAAGCUACCCAUGGCAAAGUUGCUUCUGAUUGCAGAUGAAAACAGAGGUGGUUUCCCAAAUUCAAAGAAGAAUUCUAGCAAUGGCUACCCCACAUCUGAGAGUGUUCACUGCUCAUCUUCCAAGGAGGGGAAUGGAAACAACACCAAGACACCAAGUGUUGUUGCCAAGCUUAUGGGUCUUGAAUCCUUGCCUCCAACUGACCUUCCUGAAAAUGCUAAGGAUGCUAACACUAAAUCUUCUGACCUCAGGCCACUUCCCGAGCUUAUGAAUCAGAGAAAAUAUAAUGAUUUCUUUCAUGAUGAACAGUUGUUUGCUUCAGGAAAGCAUCAUGCAAAAAUGAAUGAAUUGAUUAAAAAGUCUGUUGAAUCAAGGCCCCAGAAGCUGCAGAAAACCGGAUUGUAUGAGAAGCGGCCAAUUUCUAAGUUUCAACCCGAUACCUUGCCAUUUAAAUCAAUUUUAUCUCCUUCAAAAGCCCAUAACAAAAUGGUAUCUCCCAUAAAAAGUCCUGGGCUUCUUUCCGCAAAGAAUGCAGCUCGUUUGAUGGAAGCUGCUGCAAAGAUUCUUGAACCUGGCACACAAACAAAUAAUAGAGCUAAGAAUUUUUCAAUUCGAUCAUCGGUGGCUCAUCCUCUUCUGAAAGACCAGGAAGCAGAUGAGAGGAGAACAACUUCAAAGAGAUUAUCUAGGGUUCAAGAGCCACUGAGAAAGAGUGUUGAUUCCAAUGCUAUUAAGUUACUGAAGGGUCAGGCGUUGAGUAAAAGCUGGAAUGGUAAAGAAGAUACUGAAAAUUCAAAGCCUACUCUAGAGCAAAAUUCAAGAAAAUAUAUUUCAACAGUAAGAGAAAAUUGUGGAAGUGUGGUUCAGGAUACAGGUAAGAGAAAGUCAAAACUACCCACUUCAUCAGCAAAGCAAGAUGGAACUGGAGUGACAUCAAGAGUUCAAACAAAAUUGGUGACAUCGAUAUCCACCCAAGGAAAAAAGCAAGAGAAAACCAUUUCUCUUGCUUUGGAAGCAAAGGCCAAUGUGCAGAGAAGGGGAUUCGAACCCCUGAAUGCAUCUUCAAGUAAUGCUUGCAACCUUAAAAACAAGAAAAGCAUCAAAGAAGAACAGAUAAUAUCCAAUGAACAACAUCAAUAUGUUCAAGAAAACGGCAGGAAGAAUGAGCAGAAACAAGGCCCCUCUGGAAUUCCCAGGGUUGCCAAGCAGAAUCUAUCUGUGUUUGCUAGCAAACCAAACAAUCAGUUGACAAAUAGGGAGAAGGUGUCGGGUAAGAACGAUUGGUGUAAUGAGCAAGCAAACAAAGGUUCUUUAGGAGAGCCUUCCUCAAGUUCCUCAAGACAUAUUCACAGAAAUUUGCAAGGCACAAAGGACUCCACUAUACCAAAUAGGACUGUGACUGGGAAUUUGCGUUGUAAUAAUAAUAACUCAAGAAAUUUUGGGUCGCGCAAAAAUGGGGGCAAAGACAAGGAGGACAGGAAGAAGACUGAAUUGAAAAAAAGUGAGUCUUCUGUUGUCGCUAAAGUUUCCCCCACAAAGAAAAGACUGAGUGAUGGCCAUUUUAUGAGUGACAACUCUUGUCUCACAGAAUCUGUCUCAGAGGAUGAAUCUAGUUUCAUCUUAGAAAGAAAUGAGAAAAAAGUUCGUUCCAAAAAUGUCAAAGAGAUGAUAUUUAAAGGAAAAGGUAGCAGUGGAAAUUAUAGCAAACAGCAAUGUUUGGAAACUGCUGAGAAUGUAGAAGGGAGCAAAAAAGGUCAACAAAAUGCUCAGAAGGAGUCAAUGAGUUGCAGCAAGAGCAUGGAUGUCGUUUCUUUCACAUUUUCGUCACCUAUGAGGUCAACAGGUAGGUCCCGGACAGGAAUGAAUAUGAAGGAGAAGAAACAAUGCGAGGGUGAACCUUUUGAUGAUUGGAAACUCAGGCAGACUGCCCAUUGGAGGGAUUCUCGUGUAAGUUGUCAACCUGAGAAAGUCAUAUCAGAAGUAACCUCCUCAAGUUCAUCCUCUACUAAACCAUUAAUUCCAGGAGGAGAUACCUUAAAUGCUCUUUUGGAGCAAAAGUUGAGAGAAUUAACAUCCAGUGGUGGGGCUGGUUUGGGCACUGCAAAUUUCUCAAAGGAUUCAGUUUCCAAUAAAACAACAGCAUCCAUACUCCAGGAUUUGAUUCUUGCACUUAAUAUGGGACAACUUGUUGGAACUGACCAGAAUACUGACCUCGUAAGUGGUUCUAAUAAUUUGAAGGAGGCGGCUGAAUCCAGCUUAUACGGUGAAGCUAGCAGUGAAACAUACCAGGUUGAAGACAAGGAGCAUGACUUUGCAGACAGUGCAGAGGCAACUUCAAUUUUAGGAGCUGAUCAUGUUCCCCAUAGAAGCAGGGUUUCUCUUGCAGACGUGGAGGAUUCUGGAGGUGAUGCAGAGAAUGUUUGCGGUGAGGACUGUGACCAGCCUAGUCCAGUCUCCAUAUUAGAAUUUUCUUUCUCAAAUGAAAGCUGCAAUUCUAUAGAGGGCUCGGAUGCUACAUAUGAUGACAAAUUGCAACCCUUAUGUUCAUCGGUAGAAAGUAGAACAGGUCAAGUCUGUCUGACAGAUAGACACUUUGAAUUGGACAGCGACGCAGAACUGUGUGAUUCUGCUUCCUCUGCAAACUUGGAACUUGUUGAAAGUGAUAAAAUAAUGGAUGCAAUUUUGGAUAUUUCAAGAUUACACAAGAUUGAUCCUUCCUUAAUUGGCUUGGAAAAAGCUGAGCCUGCAUGUCUUGAGGAUCAGGAGCUUGAUUAUGUAAGGGAGAUUAUCUGCAAUGCAGAACUAAUGUCUGAAGAUGUGGGUUUACUAAGUGAGGAAGAUGUACCAGAUUUCCUUGUAGAUCCUGACUUGUUCGACAAAUUGGAAACUCAAGAAUCAUCAUCUGGUGAUCAUUCAGGCCUGAAGAAUAGUUCCUGUAAUUUCAGGUUUAGGAAAGCACAGGGAUCAUGGCUGAAUAAAAGGCUUCUUUUUGAUUGUGUGAAGGAGUGUAUAUGUUCAAAAUACACUAGUAGGUACAAGGGAGGUUACAGAACAUGGAUCAAAGGUCCAACAUGUCUAGAGGGUGAGAAACUAGCCCAUGAUGUACUUGAGGAUAUCGGGAAGUGGAGAAUGAUGGUUUCUGGGAUGCUGGAUGAUAUUGUAGAGAAAGACAUGAGCACUACAACUGGAAAGUGGACAGACUUUGAGAAAGAGAUUUUUGAGAUAGGAGCAGAGGUGGAGAAAAACAUAUUUACAGAUUUAAUUGAGGAACUGACAAGUGAUCUUUUUGAUAUAGCUUUGGUGUGAACACACUUCUGGCUCAUCGAAGUGGAAUUCUUUGUAGAAGAGUUUUUGACAAAUAGGGAUGAUUGGGCGUUGAGCUUCUUAAUCACCAAAAGAUCAUUCAAUAUUGCUGGACAGUGGGUGGUUCAAUUUGCUUGAUUCGGUGCAAAGAGCACUAUGUAAAAAGGAUUAUUUUUGUCAGACUACUUCCAUUUUCUUCAAUGGAUUACAACCAUUUGUACUGUCUGAUGACUGUAAUUACCACAAACCCAGAAAAAAGAAGUCAAAUUUACUUCCUAAUGCAUUAUUGCUUUUGGGGAUGUCUUUUUCCUAUUACAACUCUAACCAGUCUCAUCUGGUUUCUACCGUCUAAACAUGGACUUUUUUCUCCUGUUAGCUGUACAUGAAAAUCUGUACAUCUUAGAAGUAUACAACUGGAAAUUUUGUUAUA